CAGCCCAGGGGUGCUCCGGAGCUCAGCCGAGAGGCUGGAAAGCCGUGAAACGGGCCCGGGGCUCGGGACUCUCCAGGUAGCAACAGCCAGAAGCGGGAACUCUGGUCUGCCGCGGCUGAGCAUCUCGGGCUGCGGACACCCCUCGGGGUCCCAGUGACCUCGCCGCCUGCCAGGCGCCGAUUCCCUGGGAGGUGCGCGCCGCCCGGCGGGAGGGGACCGCCAUGAAGGCUCUUAGCAGCGCCGGUCUGCAGCAUCCGAAGUGAGGUGAUCCUGCGGGAGUCGGUGGGUUCCACGGAUCAUGUACGGCGACGUGUUCAACGCCACCAGCGGGCCGGAGGCGGCAGGAAGUGGCGCGCUGGCCCCCGGAGCCACGGUCAAGGCAGAGGGCGCUUUGCCGCUGGAGCUGGCCACCGCGCGUGGAGUGCGGGACGGCUCGGCCACCAAGCCCGACCUGCCCACCUACCUGCUGCUCUUCUUCCUCCUGCUGCUGUCCGUGGCGCUCGUCGUCCUCUUUAUCGGCUGCCAGCUGCGCCACUCGGCCUUUGCUGCGCUGCCCCACGAUCGCUCGCUGCGCGACGCCCGUGCGCCCUGGAAGACGCGACCGGUAUAGGGCAGGAGGAGUCAGGACCGCGGGGAGCUUGGGUCUUGGCCUUGCAGAAAGCAUCGAGCAGCAGCAGAGGAGGGUGGGCUCCGGAGUCGCCCAAAGAUUCUUUUCAGACCUGGAGAAUAAGGGGUGUUAGGAGGCUGCGUGGGGUCCUGGUUCCAGUGCCUAAAAGUACUCCCUAGGCGAGUCCCCCCUCCACCCCUUACAACGGGUCCUGUCAGGAAACCACCCGGAAAGACCCACCCGGGCCCAAGAGCCUUGCCUGCCUGGUGAGUUCCUGACUUUGCUCGCAGAGGGGCAGCAGGCACCGCGCCCCCGCUAACGCGGGACUAAUCAGGAGCUGACUGUCCCGACUGGACUCCCUGGCCCUACGGCUGUCUUCGGCAGCUGCUACCGCCUUUCUUGCUCCUUGACACUAGGGAUCCGAUAGUGAAAUGACGCAAGGUUUCAGUGUGUCCUGCUUGGGUUCGAGUACCCAGUUUCCUCUGAGAUCAGGGGCUAAGGGACCGCUGGAGGGACAAGUAUUUACAGCCGCCACCGCGGGGUACUGCAAUGGAGACUCUGCAGCCCAUGCCUCCACAGAGCACGUUUCUACAAUAAAAGCUCACCAAAUUAGAGC